AUGUUGACAAUUUUCAAAUUAAUAUUUCCAGAAUUUUCUCAUUUGAACUCUUUUGAUUAUUCACAAAAAGAAAUUGUAUUUAGACUUGUUCACGAAUAUGGAUGGUUACUUACAUUGGUAAGUGAUGAACUCAAGAAUGAUCGAGAUGUUGUUUUGAAUGCAGUCAGAAAUCAUGGAUUCUCACUUGAAUAUGCUUCAAGUGAUUUGAAGAAUGAUCGAGAAAUUGCAUUAGCUGCUGUUAAACAGAAUGCCAACGCAUUGAAAUUUGUUUCUGAUGAAUUGAAGGGAGACAAACAAGUGGUUUUAAAUGCUGUCAAUCAAUUUGGAUAUAUUCUUGAAUGGGCAUCUGAUGGAUUGAAGAAUGAUAAAGAAGUCGUAUUAAAUAAUAAAUAA